AUGCCGUCAGAAUCCAGCGAGUAUCAGACGGCGAUUGAGGCGACGCAAGCUCUUCCAACCCCGGCCUCCGCCGCCAUGGGUGGGAGCGCCGACGACGCGCCGUCUCUGCCGUGCCCGAGGUGCGAAUCGACGAACACGAAGUUCUGCUACUACAACAACUACAACCUCUCCCAGCCCCGCCACUUCUGCAAGUCCUGCCGACGGUACUGGACCCAGGGCGGCUCCCUCCGCAACGUCCCCGUCGGCGGCGGCACCCGCAAGUCCUCCGCCGCCUCGUCCUCCAAGCGCCCACGCGCUUCCUUUGCUGCCGCGGCCGCCGUCACCACCACCACCACCAACAUGGAUUCCUCGGCGUCCACCAAUACUACGACCUCCUCGUCCUCGAAUUCCGCCAAUUCGAUGUCAUCCCUCACUCACGAGCAGCAGCAGCAGCAGCACGAUCACUACCCCGACCCGCCGCUCCACCUCGGACCCGAACCGGCCCUGCCGGUUUUCAAUUCUGCCGAAGAGGGGAGGUUAGACGCGUUCCGCAAUCUGAAGGAGAAUCAGCAGCCGGUCUCGGCGAGCGAGAACGGAACCGCGAAUGUAAGCGGAAGCUUCAUCUCCCUGCUCAACAAUCAAACGGCAGGAGGCGGGCUCGUGGGGUACCAAGCCGGGUACGGGUCAGGUCACGGGUACGGGUUCUACGAUAUGGGUCUCGGGUUGGCAGCAGUGGGUAAUGUUGCCCCGAGGGAAAUCUGGCCGUACUACCCUGCUUCCACCACCGCGGCUACUGCUGCUACCACCACAACUACAGACUACCUCGGCGUCUGCGGCGGCGGUGGGGACGCAGGAGCGAUGGGCGGCGGCGGUAGUGGGAUCGGCGGGGUGAACAUAUGGAGUGAGUCGGAGAUUGGGAGUGUGGGAAGUUGUUAUGUGGACCCGGAAGGGCUGGCUUGGCCGUCGUUUGUGAUUCCCGGCCGGCGGGUUGGUUGA